AUGGCUGAGAAAUCUUCCAAAGCAAUUCAUUCAGCAGAUGAUAUACCGAAAGGUUUAGAGGAUGAAAAAUAUUUUCAUGGUUUAUUACCGCGUGAAGAUUGUAAUGAAAUUUUGACAAAGGUUGGUGAUUUUCUCGUACGUGUAUCACAGCCACGACCAACUGAUCCACGUGAAGUAAUCAUAUCAGUACGCGUAUCUAAAGGACAAUCAGGACAUUCAAUUCGACAUAUAAUAGUUAAAAAGCAAAAGCUUCCAAACGGUCAAAUUGCAUGGAUUGCAAUUGAAGCGAUCAAAUUUACAUCAUUCUUCGAAUUAAUUGAUCAUUACGUGAAACGAGGCGAUCCAAUUAAUCCUGAACUGGAAAACAGUGUAUUAAUUAAAGCAAUUAAUCGUCAACCAUGGGAAUUUAGUCAUGAUGAUGUUACACUUAAUAAAAUGCUUGGCUCAGGCGCAUUUGGUGAAGUGCGAUCCGGUGUAUUGACCAUUAAGAAGAAAAAAAUUGAAUGCGCUGUGAAAAUUGCUAAACUUACGGUUACGGAAGCGCAAAUGGCAUUUCGAAAGGAAAAAAUUAAAGAGAUGAUGCACGAAGCACGUCUAAUGCGUCAUUAUGAUCAUGAUAAUAUUGUUCGCAUUUAUGGUGUAGCAGUUGAUCGUGAACCAUUGAUGAUUGUGAUCGAAUUAAUUAAAGGUGGAUGUUUGUCAGAUGAUUUGAGACAGCGAAAAGGUAAUAUCACAGACGAUGAAAAAGUUGAAAAGAUGUGUCUUGGUGCAGCAUAUGGCUUGCAAUAUUUGCAUUCAAAGAAAUGCAUUCAUCGAGAUAUCGCAGCUCGAAAUAUUCUAUAUACAAAGGAUAAAGUGGCUAAAAUAAGUGAUUUUGGUAUGUCACGCGAGGGGACAAUUUAUAAGAUGAAAACUUCGAAAAAAGUACCAAUCAAAUGGACAGCACCAGAAACUAUUGCUACAUUUGUUUAUAGUUUGAAAACAGAUGUUUAUUCAUUUAGUAUAAUGAUAUGUGAAAUAUUCACUGAUGGUGAAGAACCGUACAAAGGAUUAACUAAUUCAGAAGUUAAAAAAAUGGUAUUACGAGGAGAAAGGAUGGAAAUACCGGAAGCACCUGAUGGUAUAUCAUCAUUAAUUCGACAUUGCUGGGAUCAAAAUGCGUCAUCUCGUUGGACAAUGAAAACGGCAGUGAAAAAGUUGGAAAGAAUUGCUAAACAAAUUAAUCCUCAAGGACUACAAUUGGACAAUGUGACAGCAAUUGCAUUGGAUUCAGGCAAAGAUAUGAGCUCAUCCAAGAAAGCUAUUAAUUCCAUUAAAAAAAGCUCAUCCUUAAAAAGCAUUCCCGAUAGUCCAACAGUACAACAAUUGAAUAAAGGAUUGCAAAACAAGAAAAAGAAUAAAUGA